AAGAGAGCUAGACAUCGAGAUGGCGUCGGCGACGCCGCCUGAAACGACGGCGAACCACCACCGCCACCACUCGGCGCUGCCGGCGUCGGCGAGCCGGCGGACCCCGAGCUGGGGCUCCGCCAUCUCACAGUCAUUCCGGCAGGUGGAGGCGGAUGACCCGUUCCGGCGGGCGCAGUCCGUGCGGGAGCACGACGAGGAGGAGGAGAACCUGCGGUGGGCGGCGCUGGAGAAGCUGCCCACCCACGACCGGAUGCGACGCGGCGUCGUCCGGAGCACGCUCCUGCAGGGCGGCGCGGACGACGCCGGCAAGCCGGUGGAGCUCGUCGACAUCGGGACGCUGGCCGCCGGCGAGGCCGCCCGCGCCCUCGUGGAACGCCUUUUGCAGGACGACAGCGAGCGGUUCCUACGCCGUCUUAGGGACCGAAUAGACAUGGUGGGCAUCGAGCUCCCGAAGAUCGAAAUUCGGUACGAGCAGCUGUCCGUGCAGGCGGACGCCUUCGUCGCCAGCCGCGCCCUGCCCACUCUUUCCAACGCCGCCGUCAACUUUCUCCAGGGACUUGUUGGGCAACUUGGUUCCGCAAACAUGAGGGCCAUCGAUAUACUGAAGGAAGUCAAUGGCAUCCUCAAGCCAUCCAGGAUGACUCUUCUUCUUGGGCCUCCAUCCUCAGGGAAGAGCACACUUAUGCGAGCUCUAACUAGGAAGCUUGACACAAACCUCAAGGUCUCUGGCAAUGUCACAUAUUGUGGACAUACAUUUUCUGAGUUCCAUCCUGAGAGGACAAGUGCCUAUGUUAGUCAAUAUGAUCUCCAUAAUGCAGAGAUGACUGUAAGAGAAACAUUAGAUUUCUCUAGGAGGUGCUUAGGAAUUGGUUCAAGAUACGACAUGCUCAUAGAAAUAUCUAGAAGAGAACGCAAUGCAGGCGUUAAGCCAGACCCUGAGAUAGAUGCUUUCAUGAAAGCUACUGCAAUGCAAGGACAAGAGACUAAUAUCAUAACAGAUUUUGUUCUCAAGGUGCUUGGGUUGGACAUUUGUGCAGAUACAAUUGUUGGUGAUGAGAUGAUUAGAGGAAUUUCUGGUGGGCAAAAGAAGCGUGUGACGACAGGGGAAAUGUUAACAGGACCGGCAAGGGCUUUGCUCAUGGAUGAGAUAUCCACUGGCCUGGAUAGCUCUAGCACAUUUCAGAUUGUAAAAUUUAUUAGGCAUUUGGUCCAUAUAAUGAAUGAAACUGUUAUGAUCUCCCUCCUUCAACCACCUCCAGAGACCUAUAAUCUAUUUGAUGACAUAAUUCUAAUGUCAGAAGGAUACAUAGUGUAUCAUGGGCCACGUGAUAAUAUUUUGGAAUUUUUUGAAGCUUCUGGUUUCCGAUGCCCUAAAAGGAAAGGAGUGGCUGACUUCUUACAAGAGGUGACUUCCAAGAAAGACCAGCAACAAUAUUGGUUCCUCGACCAGGAGCCAUACCAAUAUGUGUCAGUCUCAGAGUUUGCAGAACGUUUUAAGUCAUCUCAUAUUGGUCAGCAGAUGCUAAAGGAGCUACAUAUUCCUUUUAAAAAAUCCAAAACCCAUCCUGCUGCACUGACAACAAUGAAAAAUGCACUAUCCAAGUGGGAGUCAUUGAAGGCUGUGAUGGCUAGAGAGAAGUUGUUGAUGAAGCGCAAUUCUUUUAUUUACAAAUUCAAGAUUGCCCAAUUAAUCAUUCUUUCUUUCUUGUCAAUGACUGUGUUCCUUAGAACAAAGAUGCCUCAUGGGAAGUUUUCUGAUGGCACUAAAUUUCUUGGGGCAUUGACAUUCAAUUUAAUAACAGUCAUGUUCAAUGGUCUUUCUGAAAUGAGCUUAACAGUACAGAAGCUUCCGGUGUUCUACAAACAUAGGAAUUUUAUGUUCUUCCCUGCAUGGACCUAUGGUCUUGCAACCAUACUAAUAAAAGUUCCUAUUUCUCUUGUGGAGGCUGCAGUCUGGGUUUCCAUCACAUACUAUGUGAUGGGAUUUGCACCAGCUGCAGGAAGGUUCUUUCGUCAGUAUCUAGCUUUCUUUGCUACUCACCUAAUGGCAAUGGCUCUAUUUAGAUUACUUGGUGCUAUUUUGAGAACAAUGGUUGUGGCUGUUACUUUUGGGAUGUUUGUCUUGCUUGUUGUCUUUGUUUUUGGAGGAUUUGUGAUACGUAGAAAUGAUGUUAGACCAUGGUGGAUAUGGUGUUACUGGGCAUCUCCCAUGAUGUAUGGCCAAAAUGCAAUUUCAGUCAAUGAAUUUUUGGCUAGUAGGUGGGCCAUUCCAAACAAUGACACGGCUAUUGACGCACAAACAGUAGGCAAGGCUAUUCUUAAGUCGAAAGGUCUUUUCACUGAAGAAUGGGGAUUUUGGCUAUCCAUUGGAGCCCUUAUAGGAUUCACUAUUUUAUUCAACACCUUAUACAUCUUGGCUCUUACAUACUUAAGUCCUAUAAGAACUACAAAUACAUUGGUCCUUGAUGAAGGCAAUGAAAUUGAGUUGUAUGCCAAAACAAGAAAUAAAGGGCAGAUGUCCGAUAAUGCAUCCAACGACAGAUCAAUCAUCAAGUCUAAUACAACAUCAUCAAUAUCCAUGAAUACUAACAGAGCAAGAAAUAGUCCAACCCAAUCACAAAUUGGCUUGCCUUUCCAACCAUUGUCGCUUUGUUUUAACCACCUAAACUAUUAUGUUGACAUGCCCACGGAAAUAAAGGAACAAGGACUCACAGAAAGCCGUCUACAGUUGUUGUCAGAUAUUAGUGGUGCUUUUAGGCCGGGUAUUCUGACAGCAUUAGUUGGUGUAAGUGGAGCUGGAAAGACAACUUUGAUGGAUGUUCUAGCAGGAAGGAAAACUAGUGGAGCAAUUGAAGGUAGCAUGACCCUCUCUGGUUAUCCCAAGAAACAAGAAACAUUUGCCCGUAUAAGUGGCUACUGUGAACAAGCCGAUAUUCAUUCACCAAAUGUUACUGUAUAUGAAUCCAUUCUCUACUCGGCUUGGUUGCGUCUUUCCUCGGACAUUGAUAGCAACACAAGAAAGAUGUUUGUUGCUGAAGUCAUGGCCCUUGUGGAGCUUGACGUGUUGUGCAAUGCUAUGGUUGGUCUCCCUGGAGUUAGUGGGUUGUCGACUGAACAAAGGAAGCGGCUGACGAUUGCCAUAGAGUUGGUAGCUAAUCCUUCAAUCAUCUUUAUGGAUGAGCCUACGUCUGGCCUUGAUGCUAGAGCUGCUGCAAUUGUCAUGCGAACAGUGAGAAAUACUGUCAACACUGGGCGUACUGUGGUCUGCACAAUCCAUCAGCCAAGUAUUGACAUUUUUGAGGCUUUUGAUGAGCUUUUGCUUUUGAAAAGAGGAGGUCGAGUUAUUUAUGCUGGUGAACUUGGUGACCACUCUCACAAACUGGUUGAGUACUUUGAGGCGAUUCCGGGUGUUCCAAAUAUUAUAGAAGGAUAUAAUCCUGCAACUUGGAUGCUUGAAGUUAGCUCCACUCUAGCCGAAGCUCGUUUGAACAUAGAUUUUGCUGAAAUUUAUGCCAAUUCCCAGCUAUAUAGAAAAAACCAAGAACUAAUCAAGGAGUUGAGCAUUCCCCCAUCAGGCUUCCAGGAUCUCUUAUUUUCUACAAAAUAUUCUCAAAAUUUCUACAACCAAUGCAUUGCGAACUUAUGGAAGCAAUAUCAGUCUUACUGGAAGAAUCCAGCAUACAAUGCCAUGCGCUAUCUUAUAACAAUUCUCUAUGCCUUUUUCUUUGGGACGAUAUUUUGGCAGAAAGGGAAAAGCUUAAAUUCACAGCAAGAUUUGAACAAUUUACUUGGAGCCACUUAUGCUGCAAUCUUCUUUAUUGGGGCAACUAAUUGCAUGUCAGUUCAACCUGUUGUGUCAAUUGAGCGAGCAGUCUUCUAUCGUGAAAGGGCAGCUGGGAUGUACUCUCCAUUGUCUUAUGCAUUUGCUCAGGCGAGCGUGGAGUUCACUUACAACAUCAUACAGGGCAUUCUGUACACUUGCAUCAUCUAUGCGAUGAUUGGAUAUGAUUGGAAAGCUAACAAAUUCUUCUAUUUCCUAUUCUUCAUUGUUUCAAGCUUCAACUACUUCACAUUUUUCGGCAUGAUGUUAGUGGCAUGUACUCCAUCUGCAGUGCUUGCAAACAUUCUCAUAACCUUUGCACUCCCUCUCUGGAACUUGUUUGCUGGGUUCCUAAUUGUUAGGAAGGCAAUACCAAUUUGGUGGAGGUGGUAUUUUUGGGCAAACCCAGUGUCUUGGACAAUCUAUGGUGUCGUUGCAUCACAGUUUGGGAACAAUGGUGGAUCACUUUCUAUUCCGGGUGGUGUGCCUGUAUCAGUGAAAGAAUUUUUGGAUGAUAAUCUUGGUAUCCAACAUGACUUCCUAGGAUAUGUGAUACUUGCCCAUUUUGGCUUUAUGGCCACCUUUGUUGUCAUCUUUGGCUAUUCCAUAAAGUUCCUCAACUUCCAAAAACGUUAGCAUGUGAUGGCACUGCACGAAUGAAUACUCUUUUUAUCCGUCAAAGCCUCGCAGAGCUAAAUGUUUACAUUAUGGUAUAUGUAGUCUGUAAAGUUCAUUAACAGUCAUUACUAAGUAUACCAUCCAUGUGUUGUCACAUACUCUUAUACCUAUUUUUUUCUAAAUUGUAUAUCAGUCUUCCAAAUGUCUAUUUUAA